GAGAGAGAGAGAGAGAGAGAGAGAGAGAGAGAGAGGAGGAGGAGGGGGAAGCUCCUGAUACCAAGACACGGAAAAGCAGGGGAGGGAAAGAGAGAAAGAAAAAAGGGCUGGCACAGAGAGGAGAGGAGAGUGGGAGAAAACAGGGGGAAUAACACUUAGAGAAAGAAAGCACAUAGGGGGAAGGAAGGACAGCACCUAGUAUUUUGUACAUCCCCUUCUUUCUUUCUGUCUCUCUCAGGCUGUCACAGCAGAUUGGACUCCGAAGGACCGACACCGCGUCCACCCCAGACCCCAUGGGGUAACAGACAGUUUGGAGGAGAGGCUACCAGUCAGCUACACAGAUGAACAACAGGAAGGAGGACAUGGAGAUCUCGUCUCACUACCGUCAGCUCCUCAGAGAGCUCAACGAGCAGAGGCAGCACGGCAUCCUCUGCGAUGCCUGUGUCAUUGUCGACGGCAAGAUCUUCAAAGCUCACAAGAAUGUCCUCCUGGGCUCCUCACGCUACUUCAAGACUCUUUACUGCCAGGUGAAGAAAGGCGCAGAGCCUCACCAUCAGACCACUGUCACUCACUUGGACAUUGUCACUGCGACGGGCUUCAAGGCCAUCCUGGACUUCAUGUACUCUGCGCACCUCGCCCUCACCAGUAAGAACGUGAUAGAGGUGAUGUCGGCUGCCAGCUACCUGCAGAUGACAGACAUCGUCCAGGCCUGCCACGGCUUCAUCAAGGCCGCGCUCGACAUCAGCAUCCGCUCUGAGAUGGCGGACGAGCUGGCCGACUUCGAGAUGGGAGCUGUGGCCGCCGCCGGCAUAGGAGGAGCGGGAGGAGGCGGAGGAGGAGGAGUUGGCAUCGUAGGAGGAGGGGGUGUUGGAGGAGGGGGGCUAGGAGGGGCAGGUGGAGGGAUAGUAGGCAUGGCGUCUGAAGCCCUGGCCUCGAUCAUGUCUGGUCGGAGCACCUCCCCUUGGCUGGGCCGUCGCACCAGCCCUGCCAACUCCUCUGGGGACUCAGCCAUCGCUAGCUGCCAUGAGGGAGGCAGCACCUAUGGCAAGGAAGACCAAGAGCCCCCCAAGAGCCACGAGAGCCAAGAGGAACCCUGCCAUGACUCCCAGCCCGCUUGGCCACACGACUACCGGCCCGUCACCGUCAAAGAGGAACAGGUGUCCCCCGCCUCCUCCUCUCAUCCCCGGGACACUCCCAGGGGAGCAGCCCAGAGCCAGGGGGAGCAGGGGCCAGGAGGGCCAGGUGGAGGAGGGGGAGAGGGGCAUUGGCAGCCCCUCUCAGGCUCGGGCCGGAGGAAGAACAGGAAGAACAAGGACACAGUCAGACACAUUACCCAGCAGGCCGAGGGGAACGGCGACAGAGAGCGGGACAGGGAGAGAGACAGGGACAGUAGGCCUGGGUCUCCGCUGCCGUCUAUGCUCGCUGUGGCCGGAUGGAACUACAAUGGUCAGGAUAUCCCAGGAGCCGACGUGACCGAGCCCAACAGCUCAGACAGCCGCGGAGAACGCCUCGACUUCUUCCUCAAGCAGGAAGAGGCUCUGGCCGCAGAGACCGGCUUCUUGGGCCCCAACGAAUCGGAGGAGGCCGGGGGAGGGGCCGGGGGCGGGACGCCGGCAUCGGUGGCCAAUCUGAAGGCGGCACUGAUGAGUAAGAACAGCCUGUUGUCGUUGCGGGCUGAGAUGAUGGGAGAUGAUAACCCCCUGCUGUACGAGUACCUGCCCAAAGGAGGACACUCCCUGUCUCGGCUCCGCUCCAACAACUACUGCAGCACGCUCCGGCCAGGGGCCACGGGGGCCACUAUUCAUAACAAACAGGGGGCUGGCUCCUCUCCUCCUCCUCCUCCUGCUGCUCCUCUUCUUCCUCCUCUUCUUCCACCAUCACCACCACUACCACCAUCAUCAACAUCAGCAUACUGCCCACCCACUCCACCCACGCCACUGCACCCCUCUGAGCCUCGGCCCCUGGAGGCCCGCGGUCUGUGGGCUGGGGCCCCCCCGCCGCGUUCAGAAGGGCUGGACAUGGAAGUGGAAGAGGCCCCCGAGGGCCCGGAGCCCUCCACCUUGCCCGAGGAGGACAUAAAAGAUAAAGAGGACGUGAAACAAUACAGCACAGCCUUGGAAGGUGACCAGUCUCCUGUGGAGAGGGAUCAGAUGGCUGAGGGGAGCUGUGCUGGAGGUUUGGCCGGGCCUGCCUCCCUGCCCGUGGCUGGUGGAGGGGCUAGAGGGCUGGAGGUGCUGGUGAAUGACUUCACGGUGAUCCGUAAAAAGUUCAAGUGCCCCUACUGCAGUUUCUCUGCCAUGCACCAGUGCAUCUUGAAGAGGCACAUGCGCUCACACACCGGUGAGAGGCCCUACCCCUGUGAAAUCUGUGGCAAGAAGUUCACCAGGAGGGAGCACAUGAAAAGACACACGCUGGUUCACAGCAAAGACAAGAAGUAUGUCUGUAAAGUAUGCAGCAGAGUCUUCAUGUCAGCGGCCAGCGUGGGAAUCAAACAUGGCUCCCGCCGCCAUGGCGUCUGUGCCGACUGCUCUGGCCGGGGCAUGGCCGCGCUGUUGGACCACAACGGGGAGGUGGGUGGAGACAUCUCUCCAGAGGAAGAGCUGUACCCUGGUGACCAUCGUUUCCAUGACGACCAGGCGGAGUGCGACGGCGACGGAGAAGGGGAAGAGGAGAUGAUGGUGGAGGGGGACGGGGAGAUGAUGGGUGAGGGGGAGGAGGAGGGAGGGAAAUGGAAGGACUCAGGGAUGAUCGCCGAGGGGGACGGAGCGCUGGACAAUGAGAAGGAGGAGAGCGACUCCUCGGCGCAGGAGGGGGAGCAGCAGAAUGGGAGCGAGAAGGACUUUGCCUGGAUCUCCUAGGAUACGUUGGGCUCUCCUCAAUGGCUCGUCGACCAAUCUCUGAGGAUCUCUUGCGAUCUCUUGGGCAGAAUCCUCUGCUCUCUUUACCCAUUUGUCCCACCGUGGGCAGGCCUUCCUCUGAAUGGAAAUGCUGAAGGGUGAUGCGCGACAAUGAUCUAAAACCAUUAUGGGUGACACGCUCAUAUGCACACACACACACUCACGCAUACAUACAUAACACACACAGACAAACACACUUAGGCUAUUCUCAUACCAACCUUGUGCUGGUCAUGACUGCCAUAGUAGAAAGAGAGUGGUUGCGAGAUGGCUCAAGCAAAAGGCUUUUUCUGCUUACCUCCUUUACUUCUGAUGCAGUGUUUUUUGUGUUUGGUUGUUAUUUUUUUUCCCUGAGGGUUCAGGCCAGAGUCCUGUAGUUUUAUACUCUGUCACAACGAGAAUCAACGGGGACGCUGCCAAGGACCUGGCCAAUGCUAGACUGCAACUUUGUAUGUUUGCCGUCACAAUCGCCAUGGAAACCAAGGAUCAUUGACAGUGUAGGGAAACGGCCAGGAAAGGGGUGUCUUGGUGCCAUCCGGCCCCAACGUUUCUGGGGACAGAAUCUCUAUAAUGAGUCAAGGGACAGUCUUUAUCUAUUGCAAAGCUGCAUGUGUCAAGAGGACUGGGCAGCCCGAUGGCACAUUGUUGAUGCAGAAUCCAACUGCCACAGACUUGCACUUUAACGACAACUGACUCUUGUCAAAGCCCCGAACCCGUGGUUUACAUUUUUGAUCUGAUCUUUACUUACCUAAACAACUCGGUGACCGCACCUACCUUUAAGGAUAUACUUUAUGUCCUCUUGACUGUUAUCACGAUAUAGAAAUCACUGAAUCUUUGUGCAGUUUGCUGUUUAUAUAGCCUAUGCCUUUCAGUGGGGUCCUUAAUCUUUCACCUAAGUUUACCAUAUGAUUCCUAUCAACCCGUUCCAAGAAAUACUGGAGAUUUGACAGAUCUACAUACGAUUUUUGGAAAAACUAGAAUUUGAAAGAGGAAUGGUGCGAGUGUGUGAGUGCGUGUGUAUAUGUAUGUAAGUGUGUGUGUGUGCGUGAGAGAAAAAGGGAGAGAGAGCAAAAGAGAGAUUUCUAUGUAACAGUUUUGAGUCCUAUGCAGGAGCCUCCGCAAUCUUUAAUCAUCAAAUGUAACUUCUCUAACCUUCCCUGUUAUCAACACAAGCACACAAUGGAUCCACACAUAACCCACACUUUUAUCUCUUUCUCUCUCUCUCUCUCUCUCUCUCUCUCUCUCUCUCUCUCUCUCUCUCUCUCUCUCUCUCUCUCUCUCUCUCUCUCUCUCUCUCUCUCUGUGGGUGUCUGUGUGUUUCUUUCACACUGGAGCUUGUGAUGACAGGAUCCGAGAGCCAAGUCUCCCAAACCUAAGGAGGGGCUGCCUUUCUUUUUCUUUUUUUCUUUUCUUUUUUUUUUUUUUUUAAACAAUUUUGCUUUGUUUUGGUCAGUCGUACGGUGAACACACUUUCGGAAUAUGGAAUAUGCAGAACCUUUCCAUCUUAUCGGACCACGGUUUCUCUUUCUUUUUGGUGACAUUUUAUCCGAUUUUGUAAGAUUAAAAGAAGAGGAUUAAAAUUGUGCUUGAAACUAGAUCCAGAGUUUGAUAUUAGUAGAGUGUAAUUAUUAAUUUGUUUUGUUUAACCGCUAUUUAUUGAAAAGCCGCAUUGUGGAUUCCUGAUUUUGAGAAGUCAUUCCCUCCUCUGUCUGUGUCGGGUGGACCAGGAUGGCUGUUUGUAUGCAAGAAUGGAUGAGUGCCCGGUGUCAAAUGAGUGUUAAAGUCUAUAUUGAUUUCUUAAGAUUAUUUCCAUGUUUUUGGCAAGAUAUUUGACAAUUCAAGUGAGGCAGAUGACAUGUCUUAUUAUUAUGAUUAUCAGAACUAUGAUUACUGUUGUUGAUGUUACUAUUAUUAAUUAUUAUUAAGUGCUGGAUGCUAAGCUUUAUUGUGUGUUCUUUUUUGAUAUUUUAUAUCUUGUAUAAGAAGAAAGAGCUUUUAUACUUUGCCUUGUUGUGGACAGCAAGCCAUGGGGCUUUUAUCAACCUUUUAUUGUGCCAGUUUUACGCUUUUUCUGUCGUAUUUGCUUUUUUACCAAGGGAAAAACAAAUUCACUGUCAAUCUUCUCUGUUAGAUAUUGAUUGAAACAUAUAUUCCGCACACGCUUUUGCAUCACUAAUGUACACUAAUUGAUUAAUAUCAAAACCAAAAACAAUCUAGUACGUUGUAUACAUAAAGUGCUUUUGUUUCACAGUGUGUGCGUGUGUGUGUGUGCAGGUGCUUUUGGAUUUAUUAUUGUGGUUAAUAGUUUUUUGUUGUUGGGUUGUUUUUAUUUUGAACCUGUCAUUAUUUGUCACAGUUUGAAAAGUGCACGUUAUGGUAUUAUUGUGUAUAUGAAGGGCUGUGUGAAAGGACCAGCUAGUUUAUGGAGAUUGCAUCGUUAAAAACCCCGCUCUUUUCGGAGAGCCCCCGCAAAAGGUUCUACUGUACAAACAACUCGCGUAAGACCUGCGCAAAUAGAAAUGCAGCGUCGUCGAUGAUGCACCGUUCCCAUCGGUGUCGAAUCUAUGUGCUGCAUUUCUAUAUGCCGGCGUUUUUACCUGCUAUUCCUGUACAUUUAGAUAAAGGGAAGUUGCGUGCUGCAGUAGUAACUCUGGGAAACAUUUUGUUGCCAGUGCUGGUCGCAAACAUAAGGCCUUUGCUAUAGGCGCCAUGGACUGCACUUCCCAUCAACCCCCCCCAUUGAGUAACUCUCAAUACAAUGUGAUUUGUGAUGCUUUCUUUGUGUCUGGCAACUAUCUUUAUUUAAUUUGUAUUAUUUAUUGUGUUUUUGGUUGACCCAUUUAUCAGAUAUCUCGAAUUUCUUAUUUUAUAAGUGAGAAGAAAAAAAAAAGGAGACGAAAGACAAUGGGUAGGAUCUUAUGAAUGUUAAAGGUGGGAUCGGAAGGAGUCCAUGAUCAGUGACAAAUCUCUGUCCUGUGGUGCUGUCGUGGCCACCGAGAGACGUCUGGAUGUAUGUAUGAGUCCCCAGCCCUGUGCUCUUCACGGCCUGUACUGUAUGUCUUCUUCCUCAUGCCGGGUUGUACUUCAGGAAACGUCCGCCAUCAACCCCUCAAUAUGUGCCUCAAUGACAUUUCACCUGUGUGCUUGCAGGAGUGCGUGUGCGCGCGCGUGUGUGUGUUUGUAUCGACGGAUAGAGAUUAUUCAAAUGUGACUGAUCAGAUUUAUAGGUGCAAAAUGUUUGAGGAAAGACUCCAAAUGUUCUUCGGAGAGACAAAUCAGAUGACUGUCUUGGUUCUCUUUCCCACCGUGUGUUGAUGACCUUUUGUGCCCUGAUUCUGUGGUCUUAACUGCAUGCCUGUGUUCAUUUUGUCAUACCAAAGCGGCGUCUUCGGCAUCUGCACACAACUGUCUCAUUCCACACAAUGCAAAACUGGAACUGUUUGCUCUAUUGCAGAUGAAUAUGGGUAUUCUUAGACGUGUUAAAAUUGCAAUCCUGAUUUUAGCCUGUAUAGCUUGAUUCACAUGUGCAAAUCAUGAAGCCAUAGAUAUGGGUAUAUCUAUAUUAUACUAUAGUUCAAAAUUGGCUCUUUUUAUUUUAGAUUCUGUUCUUCUACUAAGAGUGAUGUGUGUAUACCUUCAUAUAUAUGAAUUUAUAUUACUAUUAUAUAUUAUUUAUUUUCUAUCUCAAGUUUCGGAGGGUGUCUUUCAUUUGUAAAGGGUCGCACUUGAAGCUUGAGGUUUGUUUAUUUUUCGUUGGGAAUAAUAUUGUUCAAUAUGAUACUGACUUUAUAUUGAUAAUUAUCAUAAACCUGUGUUUGUAACAAAAUGUGUUAAAUAAUCAAAAAAACCUGUCCCGUUUUUACACCUGUUUUGUUCUGGGCAGAUUAAGUGCUCUUGUGCAGAUAUUUUCAGUUGGUAGUACUGAUCACAAAGCAUUUUUACAGUCAACCAUGAGCCUCUUGUUUUGAUGUUGGGGCUGGCCCACAAGCCGUCCAAGCCUCUUUCUAACUUCAUGUUUAGUGGAAGAAUUAGCUUGACUAUUAUUUGCAAAAACCAAUCAGUCUCAAUAAAUUUUGAAAUUGCUGCUGUAAAGAAGUAA